CUGCGAUAUACAAAAGACAUUUUCCAAGCUAUAUAUGUGCAUGCAACGAAGACAAUCGAAAGAUUAGCGUGCCAACCUAGUGCAGUAAAAAAGUACCUCCUCUUCUUCAAACGAGGACAUUUUAAUUUCCUGCUCCCACACGCAAGUAAUGUCAUCUGAUGACGACAGCCUGUCUCCUUUAAUGACGAUGAGGCGUAAGAAGAAGGUUUCUUCUACUGCUUCAAACACAACGCCUGUGCAACCUACAAGAGACCAUGCCUGCAAGCUGUCAUUGACUAGGCAUAAAAAAGCAAUAGAAAAUAAAGAUCCAUUCAUGACUCCAGAUACAACUUCAAAACAAAAAAUCUCUGCAUCUUUCAUUUUUAGUUCCUGUAAAAAGAAACCAUUGACAACAAGCAAUUGCCUUCCUGGUCAUACAAUUUUGGUUGAUGACAGUUCUGAUGAAGAGCUCAUUCGGUGUGACUCUUCAAAAGAUGUAGCUAACGCUAAUCAAAAUGCUGACACUGUCGAUGAAUCUCUGAUUGAGUAUUCUUUGAUUCGUAAGUGGCUUCAAAAUGCAGAGGAAUCAUCUACUCCAACUGAAGAUAGUGAUGUGAAAUCUAAUAGUUUUGAAGAGAAUUCUAGAAAAAAUUACCAAAUCUAUGAUCGAGUUUGUAAGCUGAACCGUCAGACAGCUUUAAGAAACCCUGGAGAUAACACGGUUGUUUUAAGUUCUGAUGACGAAAUUUGCGUUGGAUUAGGAUCAACGAUUGACGACAGCUUUGAUUCACAGUGUGUCACCACUUCACUACAGGAAAGGUUGGCAAUUCCAGAACGGCCUUCACGCCAUGUAGCAGAAAGCACUUCUGAAGAAGAAGAAAUAGAGUCUGAAGAUUCUUUAACGAUUUCAAGAUCUUACAAGAAACCUUUGGUUACACUGCACAUUUCUUCUGAUGAAGAGAUCCCGUCAUCACCAGAAGUUAAACGUCAUCAAGCAAUGCCAGAGAUUUUCCCAACAAGAAACCAUUCACCAGCACCAAUUACUAUACCAGAGUCUGAAUCUGAAUUAGAAGAUGUAUUUGCUAGCCUGACGAUUAAUGAAUCGCCAGCACCGACAAUAAAAUUGAAGAAAGUGAUCAAACCAAGACAAAAGAAAAAUGCCAAAUGCCCCACCAUUUUUAAACAGCCCCCAUGCGAAUCCCAGCGAAGUUUCCUCGCUUCUCUUUCGCCUGAAGUUCCUCAAGACUGUCGACAUGCAGAUGCAAUUCCUUAUAUAAAGAAUUUUCGCAAGAAUCGUGACGAAUUGACCAACCGACUUUUCAAAAUGUUUAAUGAAGGAAUAUUUCACAGCCAUUUUCAAACUGAAUUUUCAAUAACGUGGAACUCUCGUCUUACUCGGACCGCUGGUUACUGUCGCCAUUUCACCAAGCGGGAAAACGGAUCCGCUGCCACAAGCUUCGAGUCACGUAUUGAGCUAUCUGUUAAAGUUGUAGAUACGCCUUGCCGGCUUAGGGACACCCUGGUUCAUGAGCUCUGCCAUGCAGCCACUUGGAUGAUCGACAAUUGCAGAGGAGGACAUGGCCCGGUUUGGCGAAAAUGGGCGAACCGAGCAUUAAAAAUAUUUCCCGAACUGCCACCGAUAACUCGUUGUCACAACUAUGAAAUAUCCUUCAAAUUUUAUUAUAACUGUGUCCGCUGUAAAUAUUCAGUUGGAAGGCAUUCUAAAUCCAUCGAUACUACGACACAUGUCUGCCCAAUGUGCAGAGGACAACUGCAGCUCAGUCAAGAGCCUUCAAGUAGUGAAGCGGCAAAGGAAGAAGGAGCCAUGGCAAAACCUAAGACUCCACGAACACCCAAUGCUUUCGCUUUAUUCGUUAAAGAGAACUAUGGAGUCAUAAAAUCAUCUAGAGCUGACCUUCCUCAUGCAGCAGUUAUGAAGCUACUAAGUGCAAAAUUUGCAGAGAGCAAACUAAAAUUAAUUUAAGACUUGUUCAUUUAAUGAUAUUUUAUAUUGAGCUUUUAUCCCAGAUGUAGAGUGUGCAUCCAGAGAUGGCACCUUUUAUUAUGGACCUAGUACACAAUUGAACAAUA